AUGCUCGAUCCUGAUGCGCCUAAUGCAACUUCCACCUUGAUUAACGGCGUUUCCAUCAUCAUUGAUAUCAUUGAUCCAUCGGGCGCAGGUUUAUAUGAACUACCAGCAACAACAACAGCAACAACAGCAGCAGAUUCGAAAUGCUCAGUAUCUUUUAGCCGAUAUGUUAAAAGUCUGGGAGAUCAGUUUGCCGAAUUCACCCAUUUAUUAUUAAAACCUCGAUCCGUCAAUGGACCUAUUCGUACCACAGGACAGGAAGGAGGAGGAGGAGGAACUUUCGGGGGUGAUUAUCUUAAAGCGAAAUUUGUGAAUAAUAAGGCCAUGCCAAUCUGUGUUGAUUUAUUCUUUUCAUUCCCUUGGAACAACUUUUUGCAUUAUGUUAUCUACGAUAUGCUUCAUCAAGUAUUUAAUGGACGUAUGGAUGUUGGUUUAAAUCGCAGUCUUGCUAUUUCUAUUCUCAAAGAUGGUAAAUUAACCGAUAAAAUCGUACAAGCACAAAAAUCCAACGAUCUUGAAUGUGCUAAACCAAAGGGAAUGCGUGCUGGAUACAUGGGUCAUUUAACAUUUAUCUCUGACGAAAUUAUGAAAUUAUUUGAAGGAUACCCUGAAACCAUUGUAUUAGCUAUUAAGGACGACAUUGAUUUAGAAGGUUGGUACGCUUAUUGCAACGGCGAAUUAAAAGAGACAAAGGAUAGAGAUCAGUUGCCUUUGGGUGGACUACGACCCAAUGAUGAAAUGGACGUACCUCAAAGCGAUGAAGAGGACGAUGAUGAUGCACUGGAAGGUGUUGCAGCCAGUCAAUACUCUCGUUUCUUGGCUCAACGUGGUGAGGAAGGUACGUUUGAUGACGAGGAUGAAGAUGAAAAUGAUCAUUGGAUUACAGGUCGAGAUGAUUUCGGUCGAGAUUAUAAUUAUAACAAUGGUACUUUUACCACAGCAACAAACGAUAAGAAUGGAUCACGGGAGACACAAGAAGCUGCCGCUGGUGGUGGUGGUGAGGAGGAGGAGGAGGAGGAUUAUGAUGAGGAUGAGGAUGAGAAUAAUCAUGUGACACCAGAUUGGACACGCAACUUUUCGAAAUUCGCACAACCCACGACAACACUUCGUCGUAUUCCUAGUCAUACAAUGAAUAAUGAGGAUGAGGAGGAUUAUGACGGUGAGGAAUUUGAUCAUCUGGCAGAUCCUGAGGAAUUAGAAAGAAGAGCUGCGUUUCGAAGAGCUCCUUAUAAGGUAGUCGGGAGCGAUCACAAUAAAAAAGAAAGUGACGAUGACGGAGAUGACGAUGAAUUUGGUGAUUUUGAGAGCGCAACCGAUGAUGGAGGACAUUCACAACAAGAUGUAUUGUCUAGUCCAAUGGAAAGUUUAAAUGUAAAUAAAUCCUCUUCUUUGUCACCAACAACGGCAACAGCAGCAACAGCUGCAACAACAACAACGCAGGAUGAUGGUCACCUAGUAAGAGCCGUAAAGACAAAGGAAGAAGAAGAAUAUCUGAAACAAAAGAAAGAUUAUCAACAUGAUGUGGAUGAAGAACAAGAAGGUGAAGUCUAACACUUUUUGCACACAUCUAAUUCCUGUUUUUUUUUUCUUAUACUCUUUUUUUUUUUUCGUAUUAUUAUCUCCCCCCCCCCCUCUCUGACACACACACACUUGUUUAUUAUCACUUUUUUUUUAAUCUUUUUAUUAUAUCACCAUUUUUUUUUUUAAGAAUAAUAUAAUGUUUGUAAUUCUUUUUUUUAAAAAAAU